UUCAGUUCUAACGUCAGUGUGUUCCUGGUUUCAGGUGUUCUACCCUAAAGACAGCUCCAACCAUCCCCUGGUGUUGGACCUCAUGUUCAGUUCUAACGUCAGUGUGUUCCUGGUUUCAGGUGUUCUACCCUAAAGACAGCUCCAACCAUCCCCUGGUGUUGGACCUCAUGUUCAGUUCUAACGUCAGUGUGUUCCUGGUUUCAGGUGUUCUACCCUAAAGACAGCUCCAACCAUCCCCUGGUGCUGGACCUCAUGUUCAGUUCUAACGUCAGUGUGUUCCUGGUUUCAGGUGUUCUACCCUAAAGACAGCUCCAACCAUCCCCUGGUGCUGGACCUCAUAUUCAAACAGGUGGGACAGUUGGUUUUUUAAAAAUAACAUAUUAAACUGUUAUAAUAUACACUGUUAUCACAUUCCCAUAACACUGUUUUUAAACAGGGUUAUUAAUGAACCAUCAACACCGCUACACUCUAAGCCAGGGUUCUUCAAUUCCGGUCCUGGAGGGCCGAAAACACUUCUGUUUUUGUAUUUCUACCUGGUAGUUAAUUCCACUCACCUGGUGUCCCAGGUCUGAAUUAGCCCCUCUCUCUCUCCUGACCUGUAGAAUAGUGAGGUUUCUUCAUCCCUCUCUCCUCCUCUUCCUCUCUCCUCCUCCUCUCCAGAUAGUGAAUGACACUCUGUCUGAGGCGUGUGUUAGAAUCUCCAGUUGGGAGAGGGUGAAGAUGAAGUCUCUGUUUGGUGAGUCAACUACAUUACCCACACUGCUCUGGGGGGGGGGGGGAAUUGUUAGUUCACUGGAAAUACCUGUUGUUAUUGUUUAAGUCCCCGUGUGGCUCAGUUGGUAGAGCGUGGCGCUUGCAACGCCAGGGUUGUGGGUUCGAUUCCUAAGGGGGACUGGUACAAAAAUGUAAGCACUCAUUUUACAUUUACAUUUUCGUCAUUUAGCAGACGCUCUUAUCCAGAGCGACUUACAAAUUGGUGCAUUCACCUUAUGAUAGCCAGUGGGAUAACCACUCACUACUGUAAGUUGCUCUGGAUAAGAGCGUCUGCUAAAAUGUGAAAACAGACUUGUGUUUAUGUGUGUAACAGAGAAAUAUGGCAUAGAACAUAACAUGGACACAGUGGACGAGGCAGUGAAGAAGGAAGUUGUCACAGCGGCCAGGGAAUCCUGGGAUAUCUACUUCUCAUGCCUGUUUCCUGCCUCUGUGAGUCACAUGACUUCCUGUUGCAUCACAUGA